AUGGAUCAACUACCUGCUGAACUAUUAUACAAUAUUGCAGACUUCCUUAGGCCUGCUGGGAGACGAGGUUAUGCAGGUUAUGAACGUGGUCUUGAUAUUCUUAACUUGAUGAAAACCUGCAGUGGCAUUUAUGGCGUCUUGCUUGAUUAUUGGUACCGAGCUUUGUUUGUACAACAUGGUUCAGAGUAUUGCUUUCGACGUGCUGCACUUAAGCGUUCCGGGAGAGCAUUAGACCUCAUAUACGACAAAGGCGGUGACCAUUUCCCUAUUUCCAAUGACGAAUUGUACGAAUGGCUAGAAUUCUGUGUUGAAUUCGGUGGAUAUGAGCCUUUUCUGUGGUUACGGGACAGGAACAACGAAGUGCAGAUCGAUGUCGUCAAGGGCAAAAAAUGUAGCCUUCUGUACACUGCUCUACGUGCAAAAAAUCAAGAGAUCAUGUACCAUUUACUGAACGAGGCGGAUGAAGACGAGAUUCAUACCAGACAACAGAAAACAGACGACACCUUGUUAACUGCUGCUGUCAAACGCGAUAACAACAAAGACACAAUUCGCUAUUUCUUGCGACGUGGGUUAGGAAUGUUGCAACAAGCUCGUGGCAAGACAGCUUUGGACAUUGCGAUUGAAGUGAAUUCCCUAAAUGCCAUGGAGGUAUUCAUACAGCAUGAUGGCAAAAUGGUGAACCGGAUCUUACAGACAGGCUCGGGUUAUGAGUCGGCUCUGGAGACUGUUUUUAGAAGAGAUCCAUAUGCGACAGUUAGAGAUACAUCUCAAUUCAACAUCUUUCAGCUCGCACUGAUGAUCUUUGACAACGCCCCGCAUGAGAAUCUUGUGGACAACGGUUUUCAAAAGGAUGUCUGGGGAAAAGCAGUUUUGAUGCGCGCCAUAGCUACCUUGCAUUGGCAAGUUGCUACACUGGUGGCCAAACACGGAAUGGGUAUAGAAUACAAUCCUUCUAUACUUACUACCGUUAUGCUUCGUCUCAUCGACGAUCCCAAGAAGCACAAACAGCACUAUGGAAACAGGACAGUCAACGUGCUGCUGGAGAAAGGUGUUUGUAUCGAUUUUGGAUUUAUCAACGGGAUCACCUUGCUCCAUCUCCCCAGCCCAAUCGAGGUCGCGAGGGAUCUCAUUGAGCACGGCUUUGAUGUGAAUGCGAGGACUCAAGAUCAUGGCUGGACCCCCCUUCACACGGCUGUGUUGUCGGAUGACUUCGAUAUGGUCAGUAUGCUUCUUACACAGAAGGCUGAUAUCGAUUCUUGCAAUAACACCGAUCACAAAACGCCUUUGAUGUGCGCUAUAUUGAAAAAAAACUCCAAUUGUAUCAUGCUAUUACUUGAAAGCGGUGCCCGUACUGAUAUUACAGACAGUGAAGGAAAAACACCCCUGAUGGUUGCUUUGGACGCCAAGUAUACUUCCGGAUCGCGUCUUCUUUACCCAUACGUAAGGAGACAGUCAAGGAAAAACGCAAAGAAAAAGUGA